AUGCAGAUCUUUGUGAAGACUCUUACAGGGAAGACCAUCACUCUCGAUGUGGAGCCAUCAGAUACCAUCGAAAAUGUGAAGGCAAAGAUUCAGGACAAGGAGGGCAUUCCUCCUGAUCAGCAGCGUCUUAUCUUCGCCGGCAAGCAGCUGGAGGAUGGAAGGACGCUGUCUGAUUACAACAUUCAGAAAGAGUCCACCCUUCACUUGGUGCUGCGCCUGAGAGGUGGCAUGCAGAUCUUUGUGAAAACCCUCACGGGGAAGACCAUCACUCUCGAUGUGGAGCCAUCAGACACCAUUGAGAAUGUGAAGGCAAAGAUUCAGGACAAGGAGGGCAUUCCUCCUGAUCAGCAGCGUCUUAUCUUCGCCGGCAAGCAGCUGGAGGAUGGAAGGACGCUGUCUGAUUACAACAUUCAGAAAGAGUCCACCCUUCACUUGGUGCUGCGCCUGAGAGGUGGCAUGCAGAUCUUUGUGAAAACCCUCACGGGGAAGACCAUCACUCUCGAUGUGGAGCCAUCAGACACCAUUGAGAAUGUGAAGGCAAAGAUUCAGGACAAGGAGGGCAUUCCUCCUGAUCAGCAGCGUCUUAUCUUCGCCGGCAAGCAGCUGGAGGAUGGAAGGACGCUGUCUGAUUACAACAUUCAGAAAGAGUCCACCCUUCACUUGGUGCUGCGCCUGAGAGGUGGCAUGUAG